AUGAGAUCUGCUGCCCAUAAAGUUUUUGCCAAAAAGAAACCACAGCCCCAGGAAAGUGCUCCAGCUCAGCCAUUUGAGGCCCAACAUCAAAUAAAUCAGCAAUACCUUAUGAACGUGCCUCAGCAGAGCCAGCAAAUGUAUAAUGUUCCAUAUGGGAAUGCGUAUCCAAUGCAACCUCCUCAAUUUAACAAUGUUCCUUUUUCUGCUCCCCAAAAGAAGGCACCAGCAUUUUUUCAGCCUAGCCAAGCUGCCAAUCAACCUAACUAUGCACCUUCUUUUGGAUCUCCCUCACCUCAGCGUCUAAUGAAUUUGCCUCCGCCUCCUCCGCCUCCUAUGCCUCAUAUGAUGAAUGCGCCUCAAUCAAAUGUUUCUGAUGAUAUGCUAUUCUCAUUCAGCAAGCCUAAAGAGGUUCCUGCUCAGCCUGCAAAUGUAGGAGCUUUGCAGCCAGAAUCAUUAAGCCCUGGGUUCGGUUUCAAUGCAAGCUUAAAAGGGAAAAAAGUUAAAUUAGUCAAAAGCAGUCCUAGUGAAGAAGUUAAAAUUGGAGAAGUGAAACCAGCACCAGUCAAAAUUAACCCUUUUAAUCCACCUAAAAUAAUUCCUAUGCCUCCUCCACUACCGCUUCCUCAGAAAGAUCAAAAUCCUUAUUUUUAGGUUAGAUUUUAGCAUAUUGCUCUUUCUUCAGCAGGAUAUAUUGACUGAUCCCACGCUUUAACUGCCAAGUGGUGAUAAAGCAGCCAAUUUGUCCUAUAAGUAUUCCACGAGCCCCCAAAAGAGGUCGAAAGUCUUCACAGGUAACAUUUGAACCCACCUGAACCUUGCUCCAGCGCUUAUUCCGCCUAAGAGUAGCCCUCCUCAAGUAAUUUAGGUAGUAAAAUUCAUAUAUCUCCUUUCUCUUGGGCCGACGAAUUAACCUGUACGGUAAUUUCAUAUUGGCAUUGUGUAUAAAUGCCUGCGUAGAAAGCUGAACCCUAUAAGAAUAAAUAUUGCGGAGGAGGGAUACUUCUUGAAGAGAAUUUAUUCUCUAGGUAGCCAUUUUAUUAUUAUGGAAGUUCAAAAAACCAAUUCCAAUUCAAAAUAUUAUACCCCCUCCUCCUCCAGCAUUUAUCCAAUUACCAAGGAUACCUCAGGUGAUGCCUCCAAUGAUACCACAGCCAAUGUUUAGCGCUCCUCCUCGAUUUCCACCAUUUCCAGGAAUUCCUCAACAACCUCCAGAUCUUGAUGCAAAUGUUACUGAAAUUUGUAUGGACGAACUUGCUAAACAAAAUGCUUUUGCAACUGGUGACCCUGUGUUCUGUGAAGGAUGCCACGCAGUAUUUAAUUUUUUCAGCAAAUUGACACCAAUUCCUGACAAAGAAGAACAAAAAUGGACCUGCGAAUUUUGCAAUUUCGAUAAUAUAGUCCAUUUAGAGCCUGAAGAAAUUCCUACCCAAAGCAAACUUAACUACCUUGUCGAGUCAUCACAACAAGUGGCAGCUCAACUGCAAGGCCCAGACGACAAUUCCACUAUCAUAUUUUGUAUUGAUAUUUCUGGCUCCAUGUGUGUGACGCAGCCAGUUUCAGGUAAUAUUUUACUGAAAACUAACAAGCUUAAAGACUUGCAAAAUCAAUUUAGAAUGGACAUUGAAGGCCCUCAAUAUAUGCCUAGUGAACAAAGAAACAUUACUUAUGUGUCAAGGCUUGAAUGUUUACAAGCUGCUAUUGAUUCUCAGCUCACUGAAAUGCAAAGAGGAACUCCUAAUCGGCAUGUCGGAGUUGUCACAUUUAAUAAUGAAGUUACUAUUAUUGGAGAUGGAAGCCAAACUGUUGCUAUUACGGGAGAUAGGCUUAAUAAUUUUGAUGGGCUACUAAAUUUGGUUGAACGCAAACAUAAUGAAUAUUUGGGACAUACGAUCAAUGAAACAAAAGAACAGCUGAGUGGCAAAGUUUUAGGCUUGGAGGAAGGUGGAGCCACUGCUCUAGGCCCUGCACUUUUGGUUUCUGUAGGACUUGCUUCACAAGGUGGGCCAGGGUCCAAAGUUAUAAUAUGCACAGAUGGAAUUGCUAAUGUAGGGAUUGGGUCUUUUGAAAAUUUGCAAGAUUUGUCACAAGCAAAUUCUUAUUACAAUAGAGUUUCUACAAUUGCAAAGGAAAAAUUUUAAAAUUAAACGGUUAAUCUGACCAUAAGAGGCAACCCAUUCAUCUCUGCUCAAAAAGAGUAGCCUCCAUAGGCCUUAAAGUUCAAAUAAAGAAAUGGAAGGCCAAAAUCUUGAAUUUCCCUUGGACAGAGCCACCAUCCGAAGAGUGCCUGCUUAUCCCGACAAGUAAGGACCAUAUGGCAGGCAAAACCUGCCUAGCCCAUUUGGCGGGGACAGGAAAGCCUUUGGGAGAGAAACAAAACUUUCCUCUUCAUCAAGUCAUCCACAAGUCUAGAAGCGUACUUAAAAGGGACAGACACCCUGCUUUCAGCUUCAUCAUAAGGACAGCACCUCGGAGUCUAAUUCCGUCAACACCAUCAUUUUAUCUCUUUUAAAGGAAAAAGGUGUAAGUGUUUCUGUUAUCUCUAUAGCCAGUGAAGACUGUAGACUAGCAAGUUUGGCUGAAGUUGUAGAAGAAACAGGGGGAGAGCUUACUAAAGUUGACCCUGAAGACGUCUCUGCCGAUUUCGCAAAUAUUUUGGCUCAGCAGAUCUUGGCGACAAACGUGGUAGUAACUGUGAAUCUCCACAAAGCUUUGUCAUUCAAAAACCAAGAUCCAGCCCUUAUUCAGCCAGGCGGGACCAGACUAAUCAAAAAAUUUGGAAACGUUACUGAAGAUACCAUGUUUACCUUUGAAUAUAAUGUCAACAACACAGAAAAUCUAGAAAAAGUCCCAUUCCAAGUUACUAUUGAACAUAGGAAAAUGAAUGGCAUGAAAUGUGUGCUUGUUGAUACCCAAAUUUUUGAAGUGAGUGAUGAUCAAGAAGAAAUUAUGCAAAACGCUAACUUUGAAGUCCUGGCUAGAAAUUGCAAAUUACAAUCGGCAAGCUUGGCACGACAAGGAGAAUAUGGUCAAGCAGUGCAAAAUAUCAAUAAUUGGAACCAAUAUAUGUUUUCAAAUCAAAGAAAUAUGGAGCAAAUGGCUCAGAUAAAUGAGAUGAAUGAAGAUAUCAUUCCUUCUUAUCAAGUUAUGCUUGCUGAACAGCAUAAUCCAGCUCCAGGAAAAUCUCUACAAUCAGAUAAAGCAACCAUAGCAAGCCAUCAAUUGAACAAGAAGAAGAUGACGAAACCUCAAAAAAAAAAUUAA